GUUGGAGGAACUGGAGACCUGCAUUAAACUGUUAUGUGAUCAGUCUCACAAUCAUAUGAAAGUUCGAGAAUACGAUAAAGCUUUAAUAGGUUACAAUAAGUAAAUUCGGAGUUCUGGACUAAAGGAACAUCGCCCUUCGGAACAGAUUAUGUGAAUACAUCAUACCAUAGAAAUAUCAGAGAAUCCAAUAUUCGUUUAAAUAAAUGUAUCAUUAGCAGAACUGUAUACAUAAAUAAUGCCUAAUUUUUUAUUUAUUAAAUUUUUUUCAUGGUGUUAACAAAACAAAUAGGCACUUAAUUUGUUAUUUUAUUUUAUUUCCUAUUAGCGCAUGUGAAUUUUCAAAGCAAGUAUUUUCGAUACAGAUGAUCAAGGCAAGGGGAGGAAAUUUUAGUGUAAAGCAAUUUUUGUGUCAUAAUUUUGAAACACAUGAUCGUAGACCGUUACUAUUCACUUGGUAAUGCUUUCAUUUACCUACAUAUGUAUGUAUAAAUAAAGAUUCUUCUUUCGUUUCAUUGUCGUGUAGCUCGUCUGGUAGAAUGUUUUCAGAUCUUUUAGUGUUUAUUAAUUGUUCUAAUUAUCCAUCUAUCUAUCAACUAAGCCGAUAUGAAUAUAUAAUGUAGUAAACAAGUACAAAUAUCAAGUGAUACCCGUUAAGUUGCAGUAAAAAAGAUUCCGACAGAAAAUUCUCCCAUUUCCUUUUUAAAGUAUGCUCAUACAUAUAACUUUUAACUGAACACACAAUUAAUUCGGUCUUAGAUCAUUGAAAACCACAUUUUACCUAAAACCACAAUUAAUAUUUAACACAAACAAGAUUUAGUUGGAAUAAACAAAAAUUUUUCCCCUAGUUCUCAAGAAUUUCAUUAUUAUAAAUUAACUUAGGUUCUGAAAUCAUUUAAUUAAUUAUAUUAUUUUGCGAGCUUCUUACGUCUCAUCAUCUUUAAAAAGUAACGUUUUGAAUUAAAAAAAAUCUGCCUGACGGAUUGAUCUUUGAACGGAACUUAAUUGUGAAUUAAGUUGCCUAACAGUAACUCUGGGGAUAUAUAUACAUACAUAUAUGGAUUAAAUAGUGAUCAUAGCAGAUAAUACUACGAAAUUACAAAAUGAAAGUAUUAUGCAACACAACGUCAUGUAACUCACAAAUUCGUAGACGUUUAUCGUCUAUUAGGCUAUUAAAAUUAAACCUAAAUUGCAAUUAAUUCAUACAUUUGCACAAAUUCGUAGUAAUUUUAGCCGAAUGUGUACAAUAUAUAAUUUUCCAAAUCUGGUAGAUUAGCUAUCGAUUAUCACAUGUUCCCAAGCAACACAAACUUUAAUUUCACUUAACAACGCGUAUUUCACAUUAGGGUUGUAUAAUAUAUUAAAUAGCAUUAAUCAUCGAAGGAAAGCAAAUCUCGACAUUUGUCAAUUUCUUGACUUAGCUAGCUCUUAGAUAUCAAUACUACCAAAUUAUAAUAAGAUAAAAUAUAUAUAUACAAUUGUAUAGGAAAAUAUGUCCUAAAAAGGAUUUAUUUAUUGUGUUAGAAUUUAGAUAAUUAUACGCUCAUGUACAUUUUAACUUCCGUCCCACCCAUAUGAUUUUUUCUCGAGCAAUAACCUAAUACAGAUAUGCUUGUGGAUUCAUUGAACAAAUUUUAAACGUAAAUGUUGAAUGGAAAAUUCAGUUUUAGCAUAUUCAUAGGCGUAUUUUUUGGAUCAAACUUCUUUCCGCCAAUAUGUCAAGUGUUAUGAAAAACAUUUUAGAUGUUGAUAAAGAACAAGAAUUACUUCAAAGUUUUAUAAGAAUCGGAAUAACUGCAGACGAAGAGUCAAUAGAUGAAUCAUCACGCAAACUAAAUCAAGCCCGGUACUAUUCUUCGCCACGUACAAGACAUUCUUAUAAUGGGAAAAGCUUGUCUAACGCUAUCCCAGGUGGCCGAAAUUUAAAUAGCAAUCGCAAGACUGUAAAAUUUGCUGACGAUGUAGAAAAAAGUGGAGUUGGAGGUCGCGGAAACCGUAUUGAGGCAGAAUUGCGUGCUGCGCGAAGAAAAACCGAGGAUCAAUUAUUAAAAAAAAAAACAAAAGAAAAUUUUGUAGACUUCUAUACUGAUAAAGAUAGAGCAGCAGCUGUAAGCGCCGGCACUUACGACAUUAAACAAAGCCUGCAAAUAAAACAUAAACAGGAUCGUAAUGAAAUCAUGCAAAUACCGGAUGAGGCAGACAUUAAUUCCAUUAUAGCAUUGGGGUUGAAAGAAAUUAAAAACGCCAAUCCAGAAAACGCCGUAUAUUUCUUUUCACAGGCUCUCGAACUAAAUGGAACUGACAUAAAUGCGUUGGUUUCUCGAAGUAAAUGUUACCUUUUGCUAGGGGAGCCAUCAAAAGCAUUACAGGAUGCGGAAACUGCACUCACUGAAGACAAAAAUAAUAUUCGAGCAAUUUUCCAAAAAGCAGAAUCCCUCUAUUUUCUUGGUCAAUUCGAACAGAGUCUAAUGUUCUUCCACCAAGGCUUACGCGCACGUCCCGAAUUAUCUUCCUUUCGAUUGGGUGUUCAAAAAACUCAAGAAGCCAUUGAGAAUACUAUAGGAACUAGUAAAUGUUCAUCGCUCAACAUUGCACUCAAGUCUGCGAAUAAUAAAAUUUCUACUAAAUCUAACAGCAAUAAACAAUCUCAAAAAAAUGUACAACAUUCGAAUCGCCCAAAACUAUCCAGAGACGAAAUUGAACGACUCAACGCUCGCAAAUUGUUAGGUGAAUUAUGCGUUGACAAGGAGUAUUUAGAAAAACUGUUGAAACACCCGGAUUUAGUUCGAGCCGAUACAAACUCGGAAAAUAUUUCCAAUCAUGCAAAUGAAGCUGUUAACUUUCUAAUAAAACGACAAGAAUUUUGGCGACAACAACGUCCUUGUACAUCACUCACAAGUUACAAAAACCUUCCCCAAGAACCUCUACCAGACUGGUUUUAGAACAAUUUUAUAUAAGUGAAUUACUAGAAACUUUACAUAUCUAUAUACAUACAUAUAUGGGUUAGCUCAACAUAAUCAAACUAAAGGAAAUUGCAAUAUUAGUAUAUUGAUUUAUUAUAGCUUUAUUUAUAUGUAUAUGCGUUUUUACAAUGUAACAUUUAUAGGGAUUAUAAUUAACAUUUUCAAAUGUGCAUGGGCUUUCGCCUAUACUUAUUUAAUUAUAAAUUUUAACCAAAGACAAGCAAUUUUUUAUAUGUCAUUACAAUGCACAAAUAUCAUGCUAAAUUAAGCCUUAGGAUUCUACGUUCACAUACUGAGAUUAAUAUGUUAUAAGUAGUGGAUUUUACUAGCAGCAACAAUAACUUCCUGACCUGCAUGUUUACAUUGCUAUAUUUAUUUAUACUAUAAAAUACUUUCAACAAUAUCAACAUAAACGCAUUUGUUUAUGUAAUUUAACUUUGUUAUUUGGUUUAACUUAAUUGAAUUGAAUUUUAUUUUCUUUAACAAUUAAGCAAACUUAGUAUAAAUAUACAUAUCUAAAUUUGUUUCAUUUAAUUGCAUUUGAGCUUUUCUGACUAGUUUUACCUUAAGUGGCUACAGGCUACAUUUUUGGAUAGCGAAUAUUAUACUCUUUUAAAAGUUUAUCUGAUAAAUUCAAUUGUAUUACGGAAUGUCAGCUUUUGUAUUGCAGUCUAUUUCUAUUAAAAAUAAACUAUAAAAAUAUAGAACUAAUAAAGAAACUAUAGAACUAAUAACUUAGAUAUAAUUAUCAUAAUAAUUAUGGUUUUACAUUCAAUUUUAUAGCUCCAGCAACACCACUUGAACAAUAAUAAUGUGAUGGUUUAAAACUUUAUACUACAUACGUAUGUAGAUACCUAAAAUACGCAUCAUAUAAUACGCUUGCAAAUAACAACUGAAAAGCAAAUAAAUCUGAAGUUUUACUAAUGCAAUAAAGAAAUAAGUACGUAUGAAAAA